UUGCGACGGUCACCCCAUCAGCAUCCGGCGGCGCGUGCUUCCGGCUCAGAUCGGAACCUGGAGUCCGGAUUCGGUCCGGGUGCGAGCAUUCCAAAAGCAGAUUUCAGAAAUGGCAGAAGAUGGCAAUGAGGAGACAAUGUUUAUAUGGUGUGAAGAUUGCAGUCAGUAUCAUGAUUCAGAAUGUCCAGAACUGGGUCCAGUAGUGACUGUCAAGGAUUCUUUUGUAUUAAGUAGAGCGAGGUCAUCCCUUCCAUCCAAUUUGGAGAUCAGACAUCUUGAAGAUGGAACUGAAGGUGUUUUUGCAGUGACUCAGAUGGUCAAGCGUACCCAGUUUGGCCCCUUUGAAUCCAAGAGAGUUGCCAAACUGGAAAAGGAGUCAGCAUUCCUGUUGAAGGUUUUUCAGAAGGAUGAGCCUCCAGUAUAUUUUGAUACCGCUAAUGAAGAUGAUUGUAACUGGAUGAUGAUGGUGAGACCAGCCACACAGUAUGAACACCAGAACCUGACUGCCUUCCAGCAUGAUAAUGAUAUUUACUUCACUACUUCCCGGGAUAUCCCACCAGGAACUGAAUUAAGAGUAUGGUAUGCAGCUUUCUAUGCAAAAAAAAUGGAAAAGCCUGUUCUAAAGCAGGUUACCAGCAUUGCCAAUGAUGUAUGCUUAGUUGUUAUGGAAUGUGACCAAGAAGGAAACAAAAUUACUUCGAAGCCUACUGACACCUGUGUUUUUUCUGUCAAGAAAAUCAAGAAGUCCCGAUUUCAUGAGGCUGAGCUUACAGUGAGCACUCCAGAAGGUAGUGGGCCACUUGAAACACAGUCCAACCAGUGGGCUUGUAAAGUAUGCUCAACAACUUUCCAAGAACCUCAGCUGCUGACAGAGCACCUGCUGAGUCACUUGGAACAAGCCAAAGGAGCUCCUCAGAGCAAUCCAAAUGAAGCACUGCCAGAGAAGCCUGUGGAGCCCUCUCCUUCAGAUCAGCCUAUAAUCUGUGAAAAUGCCAAUAUCAGUGAGGAUAUGAAAAGAAAACCACGAAGAGGAAGAAAGUCAAAAAUGGCAAAAGCCGAAACUCCACUUGUGAUUGUGGAUGAUAAAGAGCAUUCUGAGGAUCAUGUUGCUGAAAUUAUAACGGAGAUUCCGCCUGAUGAAGUAGCUCUUCCUUCCGCUGCAGAAGAAAGGAUCAUGGAGCUCGUCUUAGGGAAGUUACCAAGUACUGGAAACAAUAUGAAUUCCAUAAAUAAGUAUCCACAUCAUCAAAGCUCUAUGUCCCUCAAGAGAAGUUUAAUCCUCUCUAGUAGACAUGGGAUACGGAGAAAGCUGAUUAAACAGCUUGGAGAACACAAGCGGGUGUAUCAAUGUAACAUCUGCAGUAAGAUGUUCCAGAAUAGCAGUAACCUCAGCAGGCACAUCCGCUCUCAUGGUGACAAAUUAUUUAAAUGUGAAGAAUGUGCCAAGCUUUUCAGUCGCAAAGAGAGUUUGAAGCAGCAUGUUUCAUAUAAACACAGUCGGAAUGAGGUUGACAGUGAAUAUAGGUACAGAUGUACUACAUGUGAAAAAGCUUUUCGGAUAGAGAGUGCAUUGGAAUUCCACAACUGUCGGACUGAUGACAAGACAUUUCAGUGUGAGAUGUGUUUCAGAUUCUUUUCUACAAACAGCAACCUCUCAAAACACAAAAAGAAACACGGAGACAAGAAAUUUGCCUGUGAGAUCUGCAACAAGUUGUUUUACCGUAAAGAUGUCAUGUUGGAUCACCAGAGGCGACACCUGGAAGGAGUGAGGCGUGUAAAAAGAGAGGACUUUGAGCACAGCACAGACAACAUGGUCCGCUACAAGAAGGAGCCCUCUGGUUGCCCUGUGUGUGGAAAGGUAUUUUCUUGUAGGAGUAAUAUGAACAAGCAUCUCCUUACCCAUGGAGAUAAGAAAUACACUUGUGAGAUUUGUGGACGUAAAUUCUUCAGGGUAGAUGUACUGAGAGAUCAUAUUCAUGUUCAUUUUAAGGACAUAGCAAUAAUGGACGACCACCAAAGGGAAGAGUUCAUUGGCAAAAUAGGAAUCUCUUCAGAGGAAAAUGAUGAAAAUUCAGAUGGAAGUGUGGAUUCCGAGCCUCACAAGUAUAGCUGCAAAAGGUGCCAGUUAACAUUUGGCCGAGGAAAAGAAUAUUUGAAACACAUCAUGGAAGUUCACAAGGAGAAGGGGUAUGGCUGUAGCAUCUGCAAUAGACGUUUUGCCUUGAAGGCAACUUACCAUGCACACAUGGUCAUUCACCGGGAGAACCUGCCCGACCCCAAUGUGCAGAAAUAUAUCCAUCCAUGUGAAAUCUGUGGAAGGAUUUUUAACAGCAUAGGGAAUUUAGAACGGCAUAAACUUAUUCAUACAGGUGUAAAAAGUCAUGCCUGUGAACAGUGUGGAAAGUCAUUUGCAAGGAAGGAUAUGUUAAAAGAACAUAUGAGAGUCCACGAUAAUAUCCGAGAAUAUCUGUGUGCAGAAUGUGGCAAAGGCAUGAAAACAAAACAUGCAUUGCGCCAUCAUAUGAAACUACACAAAGGGAUAAAAGAGUAUGAAUGCAUGGAGUGCCAUCGGAAAUUUGCACAGAAAGUCAACAUGCUGAAGCACUACAAAAGGCACACGGGAAUCAAAGAUUUCAUGUGUGAGCUCUGCGGGAAAACGUUUAGUGAAAGGAACACAAUGGAGACCCAUAAACUUAUCCACACAGUGGGGAAGCAGUGGACAUGUUCAGUGUGUGAUAAAAAGUAUGUCACUGAUUACAUGCUUCAGAAACACAUCCAGCUAACCCAUGAUAAGGUGGAAGCCCAGAGCUGUCAGCUCUGUGGAACGAAGGUUUCUACGCGAGCUUCAAUGAGCCGCCACAUGAGGCGAAAGCAUCCAGAGGUGCUUUCGGUUAGGAUUGAUGACUUAGAACAGCUCCCAGAGACCACUACAGUGGAUGCUUCUUCUAUAGGGAUUGUGCAGCCAGAUCUCUCUCUGGAACAGGGAGAGCUACCAGAGGGCAAGCAUAUGAAGACUCAUAAACGAGGCCAUAAACGAAAGCAUAAACCAGGUGAAGAGGAGGAAAUCCAAGUGCCUGAAGACUCUGCCUUUAAUGAAUAUACAGAAAAAGAAGUGGAAUUCACAGGAAAUGUGGGAGAUGAGACCAAUUCAGCUGUGCAAAGCAUUCAGCAGGUGGUGGUGACCCUUGGUGAUCCAAAUGUCACAGCGCCUUCUAGCUCUGUUGGUCUGACCAAUAUUAGCGUCACUCCCAUCACCACUCCAGCAGGAACUCAGUUUACAAACUUACAACCUGUGGCUGUAAGCCAUCUUGCAACUCCUGAACGCCAGUUGCAACUAGACAAUUCCAUUCUCACAGUGACAUUUGAUACUGUCACUGGUUCUGCCAUGCUGCAUGGCAACCGCCAAAAUGAUAUCCAAAUACAGUCACAGCCUGAAGCAACAAACCCUCAGUCGGUGGCGCACUUUAUAAACCUAACAACUCUGGUGAACUCCAUUGCUCCAUUAGGGAGCCAGAUAUCAGAACAGCAUCCCUUGACUUGGAGAGCAGUGCCUCAGACUGAUGUUCUGCAGACUCAAACCCAGCCAACGCAACCACAGACUGGGCAGCAGCAGGUUCCAACAGAGCAGCAACAGCAGAUGUACAGCUACUAAUCUGUACUUGAAAGAAGAUUCUGAACUGAAUAGGCUUGUAUGAGCCCAGAGGGUGCUUAGCAGAAUCAAUUGCUGGUUACCAAACAGAGGUAAAGGAAGAGCUUAUAGAAUGAAAUGUAAGCUGAUAUCGACAGGUCAGUUUGACAUACAGUGGCCUUGAGAAUCUCAUACUCUACAGACACUAUCCCUGUUCAUACAAAGCAUGGUUAGCCAGCCUGUAUUGGUAGAUUGGAGUGUUGAGACCCAAGGUCCCAUUGGGGGGAAUUGUAAUACAUUUGACAAACAAGGUAGAGAAAUAAGAAAAAGAAAAUACAGCUGCAGCAGCUUCAAAAAUCUUAAACCAAGCAGGUUUAAGUAUAAAAGUCACAGUGAACUGUAAGAGUAUAGUUGAGCAAAAAGAAAUGCUUUGCUUUUUCUAGCUUAGACCAGUCCUGUAUCUAAUGGAAAAAAUAAGUGGGUGGCAGUAGGGUGGGAAUCGUCUGUGAUGUGAAAUGUACUUCAUUUCAUUAAUCGUUUCCAUUAUGGUGAAGGAGAAGCUCUACUACCAAUAGGACAGCCGGGGGGAGGGGGGUGCCUCAACUGAAACAAGUAGCCAGUCUGAUGUUAGAGCAACAUUUAUGGUCUUUUAAUAAAAAUUAAAGCUUGCUUCAAGCUUAUGGUGGAUGAAAGUCCUAUAAAGUGAUAGAAUUGUUCCCAGAACUGUUCUUUGCGUAAAUAUUACAUUUAGUCAAUAGGCCUGGAGAGCAGUACUUCCCACAGAAACUGUGUUUGCUAGUUGGCUGUGAAUUCACCAAUUAGUCUUCUUCUAUCAUGUAACAAACACAUUAUUUGAAUAAAGACAUUUUUCCCUUUGCAACUUCUAUGUUGUUGGUGGAUAUUUUCAAAUUAAGGAACAUUUUCUUACCAUUUCAUGUAUCAUUUAAUUCUUCCUGUAACAACGACCUGAGUGCAAACAGCAAUGUAACAUAUAUUGAAUAUUAUGUUGGCCAUAAGGAGGCAGCCUCAGGUAGUGCAUAUUAAGCACAAAAGGGAGAAAUCUGUCCAGGCUGAAGUUGGCAUUUCUGCAGUCUAAUAAAUGUACCUGCCAUAUCUGUUAAGUUCUAAGUCUGUAUCUUGUAUGAAACAGCAAUUAUUGUACCCUCAAAAAUAAAGGAAAAUA